AUGGCGUCCUCCCUCACCCGGCUGGCCGGCCGCCAGGCCAAACGCCUCGUUCUGCGACCCGCACUACCCUCGACCUCCUCUCCUCGAGCUUCAAUACGCUGCUUCUCUGCAGCUCCCGCCAGGAGAUAUGCAGAACCAUAUGAAGGCACGAGAUUGAUCCCGGUCGAUGAGAAAUUCGGACAUCCCACCAAUCCAGAUGACCCUCAGCACAUGAAUAUCACCCCCGACUCGAACCUCCCCGAUGGAGAAGCCGUUGAGAACCGCAAGAUCAGACAUUACACUGUAAACUUCGGGCCACAACAUCCUGCUGCUCAUGGUGUGUUGCGAUUGAUUUUGGAGCUUAAUGGAGAGGAAAUUGUGCGAUCGGAUCCUCAUGUGGGCUUGCUGCACCGUGGUACCGAGAAGUUGAUUGAAUACAAGACAUAUCUCCAGGCCCUACCAUAUUUCGAUCGGUUGGACUACUGCUCUAUGAUGACGAAUGAGCAGUGCUUUUCAUUAGCCGUAGAGAAGCUACUGAACAUUGAAAUCCCAGAGCGUGCCAAAUGGAUCAGGACGUUAUAUGGCGAGCUCACUAGAGUCUCAAACCAUUUGAUGUCUGUCCUGUCUCAUGCAAUGGAUGUCGGUGCUCUUACGCCUUUCUUGUGGGGUUUCGAGGAACGUGAGAAGAUUAUGGAAUUCUAUGAGAGAGUUUCCGGAGCCCGCAUGCAUGCCGCGUAUGUCAGACCUGGUGGCGUUCAUCAAGACAUUCCAGUUGGACUUCUUGACGACAUCUAUCAGUGGGCCACCCAGUUUGGAGACCGGAUCGAUGAAACUGAAGAACUUCUUACGGACAAUCGUAUCUGGAUUGGUCGAACAAAGGGAAUUGGAGUUGUUUCCGCAGCAGAUGCUUUGAAUUACUCAUUGUCAGGUGUGAUGCUUCGGGGAUCGGGCGUACCGUGGGAUAUUCGCAAGAGUCAGCCUUACGAUGCGUACGGCGAGGUUGAGUUCGACGUUCCGGUGGGCGUGAAUGGUGAUUGUUAUGAUCGCUAUCUGUGCAGAAUGGAGGAGUUCAGACAGUCGUUACGCAUCAUCCAUCAAUGCUUGAACAAGAUGCCUGCAGGACCAAUCCGAGUUGAGGACUACAAGGUCUCUCCUCCUCCCAGAGCGGCCAUGAAGGAGAAUAUGGAGGCCUUGAUUCAUCACUUCUUGUUGUUCACCAAAGGAUACACUGUGCCACCUGGAGAAACAUACUCAGCAAUUGAAGCUCCAAAGGGAGAGAUGGGGGUAUAUGUUGUGAGUGAUGGAAGUGAGAGACCAUACCGAUGCAGGAUUCGAGCUCCCGGGUUUGCUCAUCUAGGUGCCUUCGACCAAAUUUCCAGGGGACAUCUGUUGGCGGACGCAGUGGCUAUCAUCGGGACAAUGGAUUUGGUCUUUGGAGAAGUAGAUCGCUGA